UUGAAGCUUUAUUGAAGUCAGAAAAUCUGAAGCACAGCCAGGAAUAAACUAAGAGGAAGCAGACAGUUUUCGGUCAUUCAUGGCCAGGAAUAAGCAAAACUUAGUUUUUUUUAAGAAGGAGGAAGUAUUAAAUCUCAAAUAAGAGCGGGAACAGCAUUUAGAAGGAGAAACAUAAUAUCUUGGAAAAAGCAUGCAGAACUAAUAUAGCUUAUUUAAAUGUUAGAUCCAAAUCAUAGUAACAGGAAACCCUCCCACUAAACUGAAAUUUCCCCUAAUUUUUGUGUAAGAUCCAAAUAAUUGAAAUGCACUCUAAUGGUUAUUGAUGGCUCUAUUUUCUUUCUUUCUUUCUUUCUUUCUUUCUUUCUUUCUUUCUUUCUUUCUUUCUUUUUUUCUUCUUCUUCUUUUUUUUUUUUUUUUUUAAGAAAUAGACCCGAGUUCUCUUACUGGAGUAGAAAUAUAUGAACCUUCUUCAAUUACCAGGAAAUUGGAAGCCUCUGGGUGGAUAUGGUCUUCCCUUAUUGCUUUCCUCUUCCCACAUCAUUUUCAGUUAAAAAAAUUAACUGUUUCCAGCAGAGGGAUUCUUGUUAGAAACCUUUAUCAGGUGAAUUUGUACUGGGAACCCUCAUGCUUUCCCAGUCUGUCUGUUUCCCAAACAGAGCUCAAGUUGUAAACGAAGUGGAAAAACAUAUUUCUCACCCCAAAAUUCUUAAAAUUUCAUUUCUGGUGGAAAACACAAUUUCACAACAUCAAUUUUUAAAAUCUGUAAGAGCCACAGAAGGUGUGAAAGUAGCCAAACAGCCAGUCUAGAGAUCCAAAAGCCAGGACUAACGGGGGACAGAACGCUUUUUCCUCAAAUCCAGGCAGGGAUGGAGAGCAUUCUCAGCAUUAGGGCAUUUAUGGACGCUACAAGGGGGAAAGGAUGUAUCUAAACGGUGGGGGUGAUUUAGGCAAUGAAUCGCCACGUUAAUAGCACUACUGCCAAAUCUUCAAAUUUAGAGGCUCUGGUGAAAAUUUAAACCAGUGGCAAUUUUCAACGUUUGUAGCAUCUGUUACCCUACACUUCAGCACCCGGAGUCUGGACAGCUCCGCAGGCCGCGCUCCGGAGGCAGCAUGAGCUCUCAUCAAUCUACUCAUAGCCCGACUGUCAACGGCAGCCAGACUCAGGAGAGAUUUACUGAAAAUCCUCCAAGACUUCCCUCUAAAAACAAAACGACUUCCACAUUUAAUGGUCUAUCUGAAAGAACAUACGCAAGAAAUUAGGAGAUCUAAAUUAAAUUUAUUAAUAGGAGAGCUUGAUGAUGCUUAAUUCCAGAGACCAGAGCUCUGAUUGGUGGGGCUUGAUGAAAAAGUAAAGAGAAAUCGUAAUUAUAUAGUUAAAAACAUAACUUUUGUCAUCCUCAAAAUUCUAAAAAUUCUUUACCUGUCCUUGAGAAAUGGGUGAAAUUGAAAACCAUCAAAAUAAUUGGACUUCUUAAAAAUUGGAUUGUAUGAGUGAAAGGUGUUUAUGAGAAGUCGAUGACUCCGGAUCUUAUCAUCCAGGAGGACAGCACAGAAUAGUUAAUAUGUUCCUUGAGGGACUAGGAUGCUGACGUCUUUUUCUGAUACCCGAUCAUUACGUGACUGAAAAAAAAAGGGAAGUCAUUUCAUGAAUAAAAAUCGGAGCGCAACAGUGCAACAAAAUAUUCUGUACUUAAAGGCAACAGGCAGACAGAUGUUGACAAAGAGGGCUCUCCAAAAACCAUGUUCGGAUAGAUUUUUGCUAACUGCACAGAUAAAUACGAGCAGAAGGCCGGUCAUCUCUGUAACCACCGGCAGCAGCAGAAGAAGCCGCAGUUUACCUCCUCGCCCCCUCUUUCUUUCUUCUGUCUCUCUCUCUUCUCCCCCUUCUCUCCGUGUCACGCUCCUUCCUAGUUCUGCGCGUCUACAAACUUUUGAACAGAACACGAGCCUCGGCAAACAAGUCCUGCAGCUCCUCCUGCUGCUCCUGCUCGUUCCUGCGGCUUCUGCUCAGACACCAACGCCAGACGGUGAUGCCUCUCGGGUUGUGACUCCAGCGCAGAAACUUGAAGAAGCCCUUUGCCCGCCGUCCUACUUGGCAGCACACCGUCUCCUGACAGCGGUAAGAGUUGAAGGAAUGACCAUGUGUAGCGGAGCGAGGCUGGCCCUGCUGGUCUAUGGGAUAAUCAUGCACAGCAGCGUCUACAGCUCACCUGCCGCCGCCGGACUCCGGUUCCUCGGGAUCAGGCCAGAGGAAGAGGCGUACGACGAGGACGGAAACCCGCUGCAAGACUUCUAUGACUUGGCGUCGCCGGGCGCAGGGAGCCCCGCCUCCGCGCUGCGCGACGCCUCCGCAUUGUACUACCCGGCUGAGAGAAGAGAUGUCGCCCACGGGAUCCUUAACAAGGCCUACCGCAAAGUGCUGGACCAGCUGUCCGCCAGGAAGUACCUGCAGUCGCUUGUGGCCAAGGGCGUGGGUGGGAGCCUAGGCGGCGGCGCGGAGGACGACGCGGAGCCGCUCUCCAAGCGCCACUCGGACGGAAUCUUCACCGACAGCUACAGCCGCUACCGGAAACAAAUGGCUGUCAAGAAAUACUUGGCGGCCGUCCUAGGGAAAAGGUAUAAACAAAGGGUUAAAAACAAAGGACGCCGAAUAGCUUAUUUGUAGCGAUGAGUUACCAGCUACCCUGUGUAUACAGCCCUGACGCAAUGAAAAGUCGUUUUCCAAACUGACUGAACAGUCAUCACUCGUGUGUUCUAUCCAAACAUGUAUUUACGUAAUGAAGUAAAGCCAUUAAAUGAAUAUUUUGAUAAUAAUAUUGUUUUUCUUUUUACAAAGCACUAGAGAAUGCACAGAUAUACUUUGUGGACCAAUUAUUGAUAUAUAUUAUAAAUAUAUAUAAAGAAUAUAUAUAUAUAUAUAAGUAUAGAGAGAAGUUCAUACAAAGCGUGCACAAGGAUUGAAAAUUCGCCUGAGCUGUUUAUGUUUUUAUAAAAAUAAAUAGAAAAAUAGACAAUCAUUGUUUUGAAUAUUACUCCUAUUUUUGUAAACUGGAAUUAAAAGGAUAGUAUUUUUAUCCAUGACAGGCCUGAAGAUAUUCCUACUGAACAUUUGCUACUGUACAUAAACAAUGAUGCCCUGCUCCAGGGAGACUUUGCGGUAAUGAUAUGGAGAAUUGCUAAAGGGCAUUCUUUCCCAGUGAGUCUCUGGGGCAGGCUGCUUUAAUCCCAGCCUAACUCAACUGGGCACUGUCCCCCUGGCUGGGUGGCAAUUCCAAUAUUUCUGCUUUCUUUGAUUCUCCUUUUAUGUGUAGUUGUCUCUCUUCAGACUCUCAGCCCAGAAGAAAAUUCUCCUGAUAAAGCAACAGCUCGAUCCAAAUUGUGCUUCUCCCCAGAAUUCACGCCUCUCCCUAGGAGAAGCGUUGAGGAACUGUACAGAAAAGGGCGGCUUCGUUAGACCGCUGUCUUUUCUGUACUUCCUGAGUUGCCAGGGAAUCUAAUAUCCCCAAAUUAGGGCAAUUGGAACAAACUGAAGGACAUAGAGGUAUACUGGAAGAGGCAGAGCCUGAGGUGGUAGGAGGAGGACCCUGGAAAGGGACUGGUUUGAGGUUGCCCCAGGUCUGGGAAGCUGAGGGCAAGUCCAGUCCCAAUGGUCCUGACUUUGGGCGCUGGGUAUUGGAAAUGGAUGCAAAGUACAAUGUGUUUUUCUCCAGUGCUGUCCAUGCUUCUCAUCUUGUGAAAUGGCUAGGAUCCUCUCUCUCCUUUGAAACCUGCUCUGUAGGAGCUACCCUUUUCCUUUGUGGUUUUAUGGAGACCUCUCCUUCCUACCCUCCUGCACUGUUUAAGUACUGUUUACCAUUUUUCAUUCACUUCUCUUAAACUUGUGAAUGCUUCUCACUUUUUUCUGUUUGAUGCAGGCACUUAUUGUAAAUUUUAGGAACCCCUGUGUAGCUACUAAUAAGUAAUUAUGCACUAAAUAUGAACCCUUUGUUUCUUGUUUAUUGAGUUUGUAGGUAAAAUGUAUUUUUCUACAUUAUUGCUUAUUGCUUAGUAAAAUUUAUUUCAUAAAACCAACCUUUGUCAUAUUAGAAUGUGUAGUGUUCACAUGUUGCUCAGUUUUGCUAACUGAUAAAUCAUUUAAUCCUCUUCUUCAUAUGUAUGAGUACUAUCUUAUAUCUGUGGUCAAGAGUGAGGUAAGCAAGCUCCAACAGACCCUGAGAACCUACCCUUGUAUCCUUUCUUUGGCUAAAGAAAGCAUGUCUGUUUCCUGUCAAUUCUUUGAACAUAUAGAGUAAUCUUUAUAAACAAAAGAACCUUCACCCAGCAAUCAGAUUGAGCAGCAACAGACAAACCAGCCAGCCAGUCUCCCAAAUUUCAGGCACAAGUUUAUUUUUUAUUUUUUUAUGUUUUGAAAAAAGAAGAUGAAGAAGAAGAAGAAAAAAGAACAAGGAAAGAUUAAACGUUAGCUUGUAAAGUUUAAAGGACCUUUCCUUUUCCCUUAUGGAUUUGAUCAGUAUGAAGUCAUAAAUCAAAGAAAACAGAAUUGGAUUUGCAUUCCCAGGCGGGAUGGAUGCUGCCAGGAGAUCACAUUGCAAAUAGUGAAAAUAGAGGCAUUCGGUCUAUGCCUGAGUCCUGUGUAUAGGAUCAAUCUUCCUUUAAUUCCACAGUCUCCUCAGGCAAUGUGACACGGGAUGCAGUUUGCAGCUUUAGUGCCUUUCUUCGCCUUUUAAAUUGCCACGAAUCACAGAUGGCUAUUUAGUGGCCCUACAAUGCUGCAACACAUCAGCUUGCAUUUUAGUCUUAAUUAUUUGUUUCUUGGAUAAUGGGCAGAGUUUUCUGUAUUUGUGUCAGCUGUUAGUGGUGAAAUAGGGCUCUAGUUAACCUUUUAUUUAUGAAGUCUAAUUUAGUGUUCCCGUGGCUAGUUGCAAGCAUUUUACAGUGAUCACCCAGUUUAAUCUUUUGUAUACUUUUUAGAAAUGCCAAGAGCCUUACUAAACUGAAGCAGAUUUAUGAUAUAGUGAUAAUUUAGGUAGAUGUUAGUCUUGAAGCUCUUAUUUUGUGUGCAACUGAUUAUAAAAACACCUUAACCAAGUAUUAUUACACACAUGAUAUCUCUAACUAGGACUUUGAUAACUGUUAUAUAAAGUGUGUAAAAUUUGUAUGAAUAAAUUUUUGUAAACAAUGCAA